AAGUAUUCAAAAACUGACAAAAUAGCCCAAGACUCCUGUGGAACAGGCCUGUUGGUUAAGGCUCCAGAGAGCUGAGUCUGGCUCUGCCCCUUUAAACAGCUCUCCUCCCCGUCUCCCUCACCGUGUCGCUCUCUUCCCCAUUUCGCUGCUUUGUUUUCAUUGUCGCUCUUUGGAUCAUGGCUGCCCACUCUACCGAAGAACCGUUCCCCUUCCACGGGCUGCUCCCCAAAAAAGAAACCGGUGCCGCGUCUUAUCUCACCAGGUUCCCCGAGUACGAUGGCCGAGGAGUGCUCAUCGCUAUCCUCGACACCGGCGUGGACCCCGGGGCCCCCGGCAUGCAGGUCACAACUGAGGGGAAGCCAAAGAUUGUCGACAUCAUCGACACGACAGGCAGCGGUGACGUGAAUAUGACCACAGUGGCAGAACCUAAAGAUGGGACAAUCACUGGCCUUUCUGGUAGAACACUUAAGAUUCCUCCUGCAUGGGUCAACCCAUCAGGGAAGUAUCGCAUUGGAGUUAAAAAUGGCUAUGAGUUCUUCCCUAAGGCUCUCAAAGAAAGAAUACAGAAAGAGCGAAAGGAGAAGAUGUGGGACCCACCACACCGAGCAGCACUAGCUGAAGUCUCUCGCAGGACAGAAGAGUUUGACCUUUCUCACCCAACACCCUCACAGAUGGAGAAGUUGCAGAAAGAAGAGCUGCAGAGUCAGUCAGAACUGCUGGCAUCACUAGAAAAGAAGUACAGCGAUCCUGGUCCUGUAUAUGACUGUGUGCUUUGGCACGACGGCGUCACAUGGAGGGCUGUAGUCGACACUUUAGAGAAUGGAGAGCUGUCCCAGUGCACUGUGCUGAGCUCCUACAGAGAGUCCCAAGAGUAUGCCACAUUAGGAAACGCGGAGAUGCUGAACUACUCUGUGAAUAUUUAUGAUGAAGGAAACACACUCUGCAUCGUCACCAGUGGAGGGGCUCAUGGGACACACGUGGCAAGUAUCGCAGCAGGGUACUUCCCAGAGGAACCUGAACGCAAUGGUGUAGCCCCUGGUGCCCAAAUCCUCGCUCUGAAGAUUGGAGACACCCGCCUCAGCACCAUGGAAACAGGCACAGGACUCAUCCGCGCGAUGAUUGAAGUCAUCAACUACAAGUGUGACCUCGUUAACUACAGCUAUGGGGAAGCCACCCACUGGCCCAAUACAGGGAGGAUUUGUGAGGUGAUCACAGAGGCUGUGCAGAAGCACAAUGUUAUAUUUGUUUCAAGUGCAGGAAACAACGGGCCGUGCCUCUCCACAGUCGGCUGCCCGGGGGGAACCACCAGCAGUGUCAUAGGAGUUGGAGCAUAUGUGACCCCAGACAUGAUGGUGGCAGAGUAUUCCCUGAGGGAGAAGCUGCCUCCCAAUCAGUACACCUGGUCGUCCAGGGGCCCCAGUACAGACGGGGCCCUGGGUGUCAGCAUCAGCGCGCCUGGCGGGGCCAUCGCAUCUGUACCCAACUGGACUCUUCGCGGUACCCAGCUGAUGAACGGCACAUCCAUGUCAUCCCCUAAUGCCUGUGGUGGCAUCGCCCUAAUCCUCUCAGGACUGAAGCAGAGUGGCGUCCGUCCCUCUGUUCCUGCUGUGAGGAGAGCGCUGGAGCACACAGCUCUGAAGGUUGAUGACAUCGAGGUUUUUGCACAGGGCCACGGAAUAAUCCAGGUGGACAAGGCAUUAGACUACCUCAUUCAACAUGCCUCUUUACCCACAAGUCAGCUAGGCUUCUCAGUAAGUGUGGGAUCACAGAGAGGCAUCUACCUCAGGGACCCAGCACACGUUCUCGCACCCUCAGAUCACGGAGUAGGAAUUGAACCCAUCUUCCCGGAGAACACGGGAAACUCUGAGCGAAUCUCUUUGCAGCUUCACUUGGCUCUCACAUGUGCCGCUCCGUGGGUCCAGUGCCCGUCCCAUCUAGAGCUGAUGAACCAGUGUCGUCAUGUGAAUGUCCGCAUCGACCCUAUGGGACUGCGAGAGGGAGUGCACUACACAGAGGUGUGUGGGUAUGAUACGUCAGCACCAAGCUCUGGCCCCUUAUUCAGAGUCCCAAUCACAGUUAUUAUCCCCGCCAAAGUGACAGAUAGUCGUAAUCAGGAGCUGUGUUUCACAGACGUCCACUUCAGACCAGGCCAGAUCAGACGCCACUUCAUCACUGUUCCUCAGGGAGCCUCGUGGGCAGAGAUCACGCUGACCUCUCAUUCGGGAGACGUCUCAUCAAAGUUUGUUCUUCAUGCGGUUCACCUAGUCAAACAGAGAGCGUACAGAGCUAAUGAGUUCUACAAGUUCUCCUCACUUUUGGAAAGAGGCUCACUAACUGAGGCUUUCCCCGUGCUGUCAGGAAGGAUAGUAGAGUUUUGCAUUGCACGCUGGUGGGCGAGCCUGGGUGACGUCACAGUGGACUACACCAUCUCGUUCCACGGACUCAACACUUCCCCUUCACCCCUGCACAUACAUGCCUCAGAGGGAGUAACGGGUUUCGAUGUGUCGUCGCCUCUGAGGUACGAGGAGGUGUCCCCCACUAUCACCCUCAAGUCUUGGGUUCAGCCUCUCAGACCCUUAAAUUCAAAGAUAAAAGCCCUGGGAUUGAGGGACGUUCUACCUAACAACAGACAACUCUAUGAGAUUGUCCUCACCUACAGCUUUCAUCAGCCUAAGAGUGGAGAGGUGACGCCCAGCUGUCCCAUGCUGUGUGAGCUGCUCUAUGAGUCUGAGUUUGACAGUCAGCUCUGGAUGCUGUUUGACCAGAACAAGAGGCUACUGGGCUCCGGGGACGCCUAUCCACACCAGUAUUCUCUGAAGCUGGAAAAGGGGGACUACACUGUGCGUCUGCAGGUCCGCCACGAGCAGUCCAGCGAGCUGGAGCGCCUUAAGGACCUACCGUUUGUGGUUUCUCACCGUCUGUCCACCACGCUCACACUGGAUGUCUACGAGUCUCACCGCGCUGCCCUCAUGGCCAAGAAGAAGGCAAACUCUGCCACCUUGUGCCCGGGUGCCACUCAUCCCUUCUACGUCACGGCCCUGCCAGACGACAAGAUCCCAAAGGGGACGAAUCCAGGAUGUUAUCUCUCCGGCUCUCUGGUUGUCCCCAAGAGCGAGUAUGGCAAGAAAGCAGGGCAGGCCUCUGCAAAACGACAAGGAAAGUUUAAAAAGGAUAUCGUUCCAGUCAUCUACCACUUAAUCCCUGCUCCCAACAAAUCAAAGAACGGAGGGAAGGAGAAGGACAAGGAUGGAGACAAAGAGAAAGACGUGAAGGAGGAGUUCGCAGAAGCUAUGAGAGACUUAAAGAUUCAGUGGAUGACAAAGUUGGACUCCAGCUCCAUCUAUGAUGAACUGAGGGACAGCUACCAAGAUUACCUCCCACUACAUGUGCAAAGAAUGCACCAGCUGGACUCUGAAAAGGAGCGUUCAAAACGUCUGAAGGAGGUGGUGUCUGCAGCCGACAUCGUCAUCUCCCACAUCGACCAGACUGCUUUGGCUGUUUACCUCACCAUGAAAACAGACCCUCGGCCUGAUGCUGCCUCUAUCAAGACUGACAUGGACAAGCAGAAGUCGUCUCUGCUCGACGCUCUGUGCAGAAAGGGCUGUGCUCUUGCUGACCAGCUCCUGCUGCCCCCUGCGCCGCAGGACGGCGCCGCCGCUGUCUCCACGGGACAAGCAGCAGCAGAAGAGGAGGUUGAGGAGCAGGUGGCCAGCAGUUCUGACGACACCGUGCACUGCGUGAUUAAAGAGCUGACUGACACGUUUUGGGAGGUGCAGAAGUGGGCGGAACUUACUGACUCCAAGGUGUUGAUGUUUUCAUACAAACAUGCUCUUGUGAACAAGAUGUACGGCCGGGCCUUAAAAUAUGCCUCAAAGAUGUUGGAGGAGAAGCCCAGCAAAGACAACAUGAAGAACUGCAUCCAGCUCAUGCGACACCUCCGAUGGACACACUGCGCCACCUUCAGUGAGAACUGGCUCCCUGUCAUGUACCCCGCAGAAUACACACCGUUCUAGGCACAGACGCACAUGCAUGCAUGAGCUGCAUGGCCAUACAUGGUCCAUUACAUGGUAACUUUGAUAUCAUGUCCCUCAGGGUCACAUGGUCUAUGCAUCUGGGAUUUCAAAUUUAGAUGUAGGUGGACACCAAAAUGAAGGAUAACGACGAGCGUGGAUGGUUUGAGGCCCUCGACAGGCCAGAAGGGAUCAUGUUCGUCCUGUCUGUCAAUCUCUCUGCAGACCGUGUGGCACAUUUUGAACAACACCAAAAGAAAAACAACAAAUAAUUCAGUUACGUUUUUAAAAAAAUGCUCCAAUCUUUUGCCAAGGCUUGUUAAUACUGGAGCUCAGUGCUUUCUUAGUCGGGCGUUGUCCUUUAUUUUGGUGUCAUCUGCAUCCCUGCUCCUCCUCAGCUGUCCGGACUCCAUAUCACAUUAGAAACCUCAUCCUAUCAUGUAAAUAGUGUAAAAGGGCCAGUGUGGACUCCAGGGACGCAUCCCAAGUCUUUAAAAGAAAAACAAACUGUGACCCCAUUUACUCACUCCAAAAACAAAAAGAAAAAAAAAAUCAACAGCAGAAAAGCUUCACUGAGAAGACAGAAGGACUUGCUGCUGCACGAUGUUUGGACACACGAGGGCACACAGAACCUGCCUGAUCCCUGAAUUUAAAGGGAGACAGAACUUGAUAUCUUUUUGUCUUUGUUUCUUUGAUUGUUCCAGCCAGGCCGGGGUUGAUAAAGUUAACAUUUGUCUGUCUUUUUAAGGCUCUGACUCGUGCACACAGAACACAAAACAGUACUGAGGUGCCUUUCUACAUGUACCUUACCUUUUUUUUCUGAUGGGAUGAAAAACAGCGAGGGGCUGCAGAAUUAGUAGCGUCAGUCAACAUUCAGCUGCUUGCAGUCAUUUCAGCCGUCAGCCUUUGGCGUCGUAUGUGCUUUCAAAGCUCUUAUCUGCAGUGUGACGUGUCCGUGCACUGUAUGCAGGCCGUCAGUGUCUUGUCUGGUAACAGGAAGCCACAAACACGCUUUGAAUCUCGGCUUCUGUUUACCUCCAGAGGUGUUGGUCCCCCACUUCACACCGCAGUUACCUGAGCAGCACAUACGACGACCAUCUUAACAGACCUCACAAACAAAACAGAUGCAGUUGUGGGCAGCGGCAGGAUGUUCAGAUUUUCAUUGUAAAAUGUUCUACACAGUAUUAAGUCGUUUUCUCUGCAGCAUUCAAAAUGCUGCAUUUGUACACAGUGUCAUAAAAUAAUGUACAUACACACAUAACAUAAAAAAUAUUAAGAUGCAAUAGGUAUAUAAUACAAAUAUUAUUCUAAUUGAUGUAUUUUGCAUAUAUGCAUGUCUUCUAGGAUGUAAGGAAAAACAAUUGUUUUAUUUGGAAGCAGAUUUUAGUUUGUUUCAAUUUCAAAGGUUUUUAAUCCCAAACAAGAUUCUGAGGAUAAUCCACUGUUUGUUAUUUUCAUGAGUGUGUGUUUGUGAAUGACUUUACGUGUUACUUGUGAGCAUAUUUUGUGUACAUGAACAUUUUCUCCCGACAGAACUGAAAUGAUAGACAACUAGAGGGGGUUAAGCAUGCAUUUGUUUUGGUUUGUUUUCUUCAAAUACCUUAUUUACUUUAGAGGACCAUGCCAGAGAUUUUCCAGGUUUUAUCUAUUACAAAUGGCAUACACUGAAGGUCACAGUCAACCAUUUUACAUAUCUAAUUUUAGAUUUUUCUUAAAUUAUUAAUUUUUUAAGUAUAAUAAUUUUUGAAAGCUCCAUAGUGAACACCCAGUCUGCAUUAAAGGCCCUUUAAACCAAAUUUCUCAAUCAUCUUUUCAUUAUGAGUGAUGGGGUUCUACAUUAAUCAAGCAAUUUUCAUUUUUCCACAUGAUGGAUUUCUUGGUACAAGCAUAUUUUGAAGCACCAAUCAGUAUUAAGCAAUAUUGACAGUUUUGGAGUUGUUUGAAAGCACACCCACUGAGUCCUGAUUAGGCUGAAUUUUAAAUGUUAAACUCUUAAUGAAUGAUAACGAUUUUCCAAACGUCAACUUUGAUUGGUCCUUAUUUAGUCUUAAAUGCCAUACAAGCAUACUUCAGAUUCAAAACUGUUUCUUUAAUUAAAGUUACAUCGUCGCUGCUUGCUUGAUGCUCACUUUGAAUUAUACAACUUGAAAGAGUUCUCCACCAAUUUUAGCAUAUCACUCCUAUAACACUGUCAGUUUCAUGAUGGACAGUUCAAACAUCAGUCAACACAUCAAACUGAUGCAGCAGAACUAGAGAUAUCUUGUGAUCUUUUUACUUUUUCAAAUUUGCAAACUUCUGUCUGAACUGACAAGACAAUUUGUUAGAGUGUGCAGCUCCUUCUGAAGCCACAAAAGCAUUCAUACAGCUUUUUAAAAAAUGUUUUUCUUUAACUUAUUAGCUCCCCUUUAAACUUUAAAGAGCUGAACAUUUGUUUGCAUUGUAUAUGGAAAAUAGUGGAAAACAUUGAUCGUCCAGAACGGCAUUUUGCAGUGUAGUGCAAAAUGCAUGCAUUUUGUUUGUAAAACUUGCAAAAACACUGGUAUGGUCCUUUAAAAUAUUUCACCUGAAUCAUGUCACAAAUGAGGAGACACAGCUGUUUGUUUUCACAGAGCCACUGCAAGAGAGGUACAAACUACAUAUUCACUUUUAUACUUGUGGUUCCCAAUCUUUUUCACUUGUAGAUCUGUAUAACAAAGAACGUGAUUUCCUGUCAGUCUGUAGUUUUAUCAGUUUAACCAAAGAAUGGUUGUCCUGUGUUAAGUUGUUUUGAAGGAGCAGUGUGUAGGAUUUACUGGAAUAUUCAUAAUUAUGUUUUCAUGAGUGUAUAAGCUUUUGUUAGCUUAGAACGAGCCCUUUAUAUCUACAUACGGAGCGGGUCCUCUCCCAUGGAGUCCACCAUGUUUUGCCCAUAGACUGCAUGACAUGUGGGUGAAACCCGAAGGUUUCUGAACCUGGCAGAGCCUGACUCCUCCUGACUUCUGGCUUAUCCAAAAAUGGGCUAAGAGGUACCUGUGUUGCUCAAAGUGGCCACGCCCUUAGUUAUGCGUAAUUUAAGGCCUAAUUAAAGUUGUCAUGAACAUUUUAAACAUGUUUAUUUCUGCUAUAAAGUUGGGCAUUUUAACAUGGGCCUUUAUGGGCAUUGGCUCACUUUUGGAGCCAGCCUCAAGUGGCCACUUAAAGAACUGAAGUUUCCGGCCCUUCAGUGUUUGCUUCAUUUUUCAGCCACUGUGUUUCACCGCCAUGUUUCUACAGUAGCUUAGAACAGACAAACCAAACACUGUCUCUAGACGGGGCCUUUUAUUGUUUUUACAUUACCUGAAAGCUACCAUAGGUUCUCCUACAAGCUUAGAAAGGGAGGGGUUAGCCAAGUUUUUUGAAUUGGUUGCAAUAUGCAACCUCACUGCUACAGGCCACUAAACCCUGCACACUGGUCCUAAAGAAGGCUGAUAAUAAUAACAAAAAAAUAUUGAAUAGAAAGAAAUGGAUUUACCCUCAAACCCCCCAUUCUGAGAAACCACUGGUCUUUAACAUAUUACAACUCUAAUUAUAUUUUAAGUCCUCACAAGUGGAAGGUACUUAAGAAUGUAAAAACAGCUGCUUUCAAACCGAGGCCUUUCGUCCUCGUGGGAGUAGACAAUCUUUUCUGGGAUGACUGCUAACUUUACAUGCACAUCAAAUCAGUGGUCUCGACUCAUGUUAACCCAGGCGUAAGGACACCUUGUGUUUCUGUUUUUAGCUGCGACUUGCAUGCAGCAGCCUCAGCACGGGCCUCUCCAAGUGCGCAGGGUUUCACUGGAGUCAGUUGUGUGUUUGACAGAAUUUGUGUCUUUACUUUUUUUGCCUCAUCUGUUUUCUCCCGCUUCUUCGUUCUUUUUAUCUGUCCUCUUUCCUGUGUUUGGAGGUCGGUUCAGGCAGAUGUUGCGUUCAGGGCUCAGCUGUCUAGAGUACGCGUUGCCAAUAACAGUCUCUCCGAAAAUGGCCUUAACUUUCACCACAGGACUGAACCGUCCAUUUCUGGCACCGAACAGACUUCUCUAUAUCUGUUGCUCUCACUCUGCUGGUGUCAGGAAAGACUUCUUCUGGAUGUUGAGUGUUUAUAUUUGUAGUCAUAAAUCUAGUAAAUGCCAAUAUUUUACAGAAUGUUAUGAGAUAAGGUUGUAUGCUCUUAGUAUUAUUUUAUACCCAUUCUUCCUCGAUGACGUGGGAAAGACCCGAGCCACUGUCACACUGUUUUGUGGUCACAUGGAAUCAAGUCACAAACAAGGAAAACCACACUGAAUAAAAAUGAUUUGGAAGAA